GUUUUUUCGGGGGGUUGGUUUGGCUAGCAUAGCAAGCCAGUCAGCUUGCUAACUGUUGUUAGCUUUUUUGUUGUUGUUGUUGCUGCAAACAUUACUUGGUUAGAUUAUAAAUAAACUAGCUAGUUUCGUGUCAAACAAGUCUGAGCUAAGUGAAAAUGUUUUUGCUUUACAAACCAAUAUUUUUGCUAUUGCCGUUUUUUAAUGGUCAGUCAAGGAAGCUAACCAGCUAACUAAUGUUACCUAGUUACCCUCACCCUGCUCCACUGACUGUCUCCGGCCACUGAUAAAAUACCAAAAUAUGACUUAUUUUCUGUCUACUCUCAUUAUAGAGCUCAGUGUUGGGCCAGAACUGUUUUGUUAUAGAAAUAGGCAGGCAUUAGGCCCAGUGCAACAUUUACAACGUCUAGAUUCAGCCUGUGAGAUCAAGUGAAUCCUGUUUAGUAAGUUGGUUUGCAGCACAACAUAAUUGUUGUUCCUUGGACAGGAAAUAUCACUUUUAUAACUGAACAGACCAUGAGACUACCUACAUUAGGCUACAUUCCUAUUUCAUAAAGGUGCUUCUCUGUGCUAUGAACAAGUACAAAGAUUGAUUAAUGCCCCUUGACUUAGUCCACAUUUUGUUUGUAGAUUAUUUAAUACAUUUUGUACUCUGCUGUAUUCAAAAUGUGUUAAAUAAUCUACACACACUACCCCAUUAUGACAAAGUGAAAACAUGUUUUUUUUUGUGACAUUUUUGCUAAUUUCUUAAAUGAAAUACAGAAAUGUCUCAUUUACAUAAGUAUUCACACCCCUGAGUCAAUACUUUGUAGAAGCAAGCACCUUUGGCGUGGAUUACAGCUGAGUCUUUUUGGGUAAACCUCUAGACAGGCCUGACAGUGGAGAUGUCUAAAGCGCCAGAUGGCCCCGCAAGGACCCGCUCCAGAUCAAAGUCCAGGUCCAGGUCUUGCACACGGUCUCGUUCCAGAAGCCGCUCCCGCUCCAGAUCCAGGAAGCACCGCUACAGUUCUAGGUCACGUUCCCGCUCCAGAUCUCACUCUCCGUCCCACGGCAGGAACUAUCCCACCAGAGACUACCAGAACAACCGGGGUUACCAGAGGGGCUACAACCGUGGCUUCCGCAGACCCUUUUACUUCCGCGGUAGAACCCGGGGCUUCUACCCUCGCCAGGGUUACCAGAGAGGAGGUAACAGCUACGGCUACAGAGCCAACAACUGGCAGGGGGGGGGCUACCGGGACGGGCCGCCCCACGACCAGGACCACCACGGUCCUCACAGCCCCAGGAGAGGGAGAUCUCGGUCCCGCACGCCCCGGAAACGCUCAGGCAGCCGCAGCCACUCCCGGUCUCGAUACUCCGACCGUUCGUCCUCCAGGGGUUCCCGACGGUCCCGGCGGCACCACAGCUCCUCUUCCCGCUCCUCUUCCCCGCGGAAUCGCCGCAGCAGCCCCGGCUCAGGGAAGCCUGGCUCUAAAGAUGUAAAGGACAAGACUACACCAGCAGAGGCCAAGGAGGAGAGAGGAGGGGCUGGGGAGCAGGUAGGAGGACCAGGGGGAGAAGGCAGCAGUCAUGAUAAGGCCUCUGCUGGGAAAUGGCAGGGUCUGAGUGACUAUAACAACAGCCCCAAAUGCAGCAGUCCGGCUGUUGGUGCCAAACAGGGGAAGUCGGACCCCAAAGGGUCAUUGUGGAGAACCAUGGGCAGCACUGGCGGUGUUCCCUCUACCAAGAGCCCACCAGGCUCCACCAAGGCCGGGCCGACUGCCUCCACAAGUGGGUUUGGUUUCUUUGGCAAGGAGGAUCCCACCAGAGCAGACGAUAAGACUGCUAUUUCCUCUGCUUUCAAGAAGUUCUUGGCAGAAAACAAGAACAAAAAGCAGCAGCAGCAGCAGCAGGUGGCAGAGUGGGAGAAUGGCCAGGAUGGAGACAGCAGAGAGAAAGGGAACAGCAAGAUUGGAGGAGGCCUUUUCAACAUAACAGCAGCCUCCUUCAGCUCCAAGGCCGAUAAGUCUCUGCCCUUCCUGGAAAGAGCCGAAGAGGCCUUCCUCAAGUCUCAGGCUGCUGAAAGAGAGGAGGAGGAGGAGGUGGUCAAGCCCAAAGGAGCCACCCUGACAACACGGGAUGUGUUUGGGAAGUGGGAAGAUGAGCCCCAUUACUACCCCCCGGGGAAGGACGAGGAGAGACGGAGAGACACGGCCGAAGACGUGGAUGAAGACCUGGAGCACAUGGAAGAGGAGCUUUACCGCAGCCGCAAGCAGGCCUCUAAGAAAGAAGAGAAGUCCAAGAGGAAGGAGAAGAAGAAGGAGAAGAGCAACAGGAGGAGUCCAUCUCCCGUCAGCGCAGCAGUGCCCCCUAGGGGUUCAGGCAGCGGGGAGAAAGACAGGCCCCUAGCCCUGUUCCCCAUCAAUAGGUUGGAGUCACACCUACCCCGGUCCUCUGGGAAGAGGGAGGGCUUGGAGCACAGUAUCAACACAUUUGAUGAAAUGCCCAGCUCCUCUGGAAGUCUGACUAAGGAGCGUGGUUUGUCCAGGGAUCUGGUGCAUCCCAGUAAGAAAGAUCCUGGACAGUUCCGCUCCAUUUUCCAACACAUACAGGCUGCUCAACUCCAACGCAGCCCCUCCGAGCUGUUUGCGCAGCAUAUUGUCACCAUUGUGCACUACAUCAAAGCACAACAUUUCCACUCUUCAGGCAUGACUUUAAGUGAGCGAUUUGCCAUGUACCAAAGAAAAGCAGCUGAGAUGGAAUUGAUUAAACAAAGGAAGAGUCCAGAAAUCCACAGGAGAAUCGAUGUCUCCCCCAGUGCUUUUACCAGACACUCUCACCUGCUUGAGGAGCUGGAGGACUGCAGCUACAAGGAUCGGGGUAGAACAGCGAAAACGGACCCAAUGGACCUGCGUCUGGAUAUAGAGCGCCGUAAAAGGUUUUCUGGGAAGGAGCAACGGGACAGGGGCAAGGGCUCCCAAGGACCCAGCCAAGAGAGGUCCUCAGAGAAAUCUUCCAAACGCCACAAGAAAUCAAAAAAAAACAAGAAGAAUCGUAAUCGCUCUCCAUCCUCCUCCUCCUCUUCCUCCUCCUCUCCCUCUCCCUUCAGAGAAGGGUUCAGAGGUAAAGACCACAUGAUGGGGGAGGAAAUGGAGCAUAUGGACCAGGGCUACAGUAAGCCUCGCUUCGGGUCCCGUGACUAUGAGGGCCCCAUGGAUAGGUGUCCCCCCCGUGACUAUGAGGGCCACAUGGAUAGGGGUCCCCCCCGUGACUAUGAGGGCCCCAUGGAUAGGGGCCGAGGACGUGGAGGAUUUCUUCCCAGAGUAAGAGGAGGAGGAAGGGGCUGGAAUAGGGGCAAUUACCAAGGUAACACAAGCAGCAAUGGCAACCCCCCUCCUAAUAUGAACGCCGCCCCCCCGGAGCGCCCCCCAGAUGAGGACUGGGACCCAGAGUACACCCCCAAGAGCAGGAAAUACUACUUUCAUGAUGACCGUGAGGACGAGAAGACAUGGCUGGAGAGCUGUGGCCGAGGGGUCUUUCCCCACAGCAGGGGUCGCUUCAUCUACCGCAAGGGGGGCAGAAGCCCCAACAAGUGGUCUCAUGACAUGUUCCAGACUGGUGAGGAAGGGGGCGGGAACAAGGAGGAGGAGCACCACAAAGAGUUGGACCAGAAAGACGACAACCAGGCCGCCGUAGACCCCUCAGCUUCCUCCAAACUGUAGUAGAGGACUAGGCCCUGUUACUCCUCCUCCUCCUCAUCCUCUUACUCCUCCUCAUCCUCUUACUCCUCCUCAUCCUCUUGCUCCUCCUCCAUCCUCUUGCUCCUCCUCCAUCCUCUUGCUCCUCCUCCAUCCUCUUGCUCCUCCUCCUCAUCCUCUUGCUCCUCCUCAUCCUCUUGCUCAUCCUCUUGCUCCUCCUCCAUCCUCUUGCUCCUCCUCCAUCCUCUUGCUCCUCCUCCAUCCUCUUGCUCCUCCUCCAUCCUCUUGCUCCUCCUCAUCCUCUUGCUCCUCCUCAUCCUCUUGCUCCUCCUCCAUCCUCUUGCUCCUCCUCCAUCCUCUUGCUCCUCCUCCAUCCUCUUGCUCCUCCUCCAUCCUCUUGCUCCUCCUCCAUCCUCUUGCUCCUCCUCCAUCCUCUUGCUCCUCCUCAUCCUCUUGCUCCUCCUCAUCCUCUUGCUCCUCCUCAUCCUCUUGCUCCUCCUCCAUCCUCUUGCUCCUCCUCCAACCUCUUGCUCCUCACCCUCUUGCUCCUCCUCAUCCUCUUGUUCCUCCUCACCCAUCUUCUACCACCAGAGCUUUCUGUCCAUUUGUGAGAGGUCAUCUGAUCAUCUCUGUGUAGGCUAUAGGAGCCUGCACACAGUCCCAUCAGAAUGUACAUGAUACACUGGUCUUUGUAUUGUUGAGGCAGUGCCACUUUCAGUAAGUUGUGAAAGAGAUGUUGAAUUGAACUUGAGUUAAGAGCAAUACUUUUUUAUUUUAAUUACUUCCAGUAAUUUGUUUCUCUUUCUGAGUGUUUAAUUACUACCAGUAAUUUGUCUUUGUUUAUCUGUCUGUAUUUGCUUAUUUGUUUUGUGAACAGCUGACUGGUUUUCAGUUGUUUUCUGGGUCUGCAAUGGUGAUGGUAUUGCAGCUACAUUGAUUUAAAACGUCAAGGACAAAUUAUUUUCCCUGUUAAGACAUUGAAAUGACAUGCAUUUGUGCCUUAAAGUUUAUAUUCAUACAUGGUGAUAUAUGUGCAUUGCUCUAAUUUUGUGCAAAUGUUCUGCUGUACUAGCUAACGCAAGCCUUUAGCUAAACAGGUGUUUUGGGCAAUGAUAAGUUUCUGAGGGUAUUUGCAUAACCAUUUGGACUCUUAACUCUCCACCCCAUGGGACCAACCUACUGUGGGUACUGAGAACUCUCCACCCCAUGGGACCAACCUACUGUGGGUACUGAGAACUCCACAUUAGAGUUUCUCAGAUUGUCCCAUUUGAGAAUUCUUCAUCAUAUCCUAAGCAUUUUCAUUACCGCCAAUACUUCUGCUCUCCUACUUUUUGGGGGGUUGAGGUUUUGUAUGUGGUGCCCCCCUCCUGUUGAUACUGGAUGUUUUUCUGUUUUUAAAGCAAGGGUUUUCACUGUGUAAAAUGAAAGGACUGUGACAAAAAAUAGUUUGUUUCCGAGUAAAUUAAAAAGUAAGUUAAAAAAAUAGUCAAUAUUGUUAUUGAGGCAUUUAUCUUCGGAGAUAAGUGUUUAUAUAGGAUACUGUAUGUUUUAAUAACAUUUUUGAAAAUGGAUCAGUUUAUGGGCUUGUCGGAGUCCUUCAGUAAUGUUCUUUAUCGAAAGGUAAACUUGGACUGUUGAGGUUUAUGUCAUAAGAUGUAGAGAACAUUUCCCUAUAUGUGGCAAGUACUGUCAAAGUCUAAUUGUUGGUGGUGUUUAAACAGGUGAGUAGGGUUUAGUGAGGUACUGGGCUGCUUUGUUUGGCCUGUCCAGACUGUCCUGUACUGUAGGACUGUGAUUUAAAUUUUUGUUUUUUUAUGCUACAUUUGAAACUGACGCUAACAUAUUUUCUGUUACUUCAGAGCUUUGAACUACUCUUAAAUGUUCAAUAAAUACGUUCUCCGGUU